CGCUCACCCCUCUCUCCUCCGAGACAGCGUUGCAGAAAGAGCUUUGCACGGAUCUGCUGAGCGGGGGGGAUAAUACACUGCAAGGCAAUUGUGUGUGUGUGUGUGUGUUGGGGGGGACGGUGCCACCCCCCCUACCAGCAGCGCUGUUUAAUUCUUCUGCUUUUUUUAGCCCUCGCCUGCACUGGGAUCGGCCCCGAGAGGCAGGCUAAGGUGGUGUCUUUGCAGGAGCACGGGGCUGGGCACAGAACUGCAGCACCGGAGAAAGUUUCCCGGGAGGGAGCCUGGCCGAGUGGAUCUUGUUUGCCCGCCGGGCUGCUGGUGGGGCAGGGGGCUGCACAGCAGAGCCCACCCCCCGGAUUCCUGCCCCGCUGCGCGGAGCUGGGCGUAGUGCUGGUGUCCAGUGAACUUGAAAAGCAGCUUUGCCGGCAGACCUGCCGCGGUGGGUUUCUGCUGCGGCGCUCGGAGGUGGAGGGGUCUCGGGCCGGCCCCAGGGAAGUUUGCAGCGGGAUGAACCGGUGACGGGACAACUUUGGGGACCACGCUGCUGAUGGGCUCGUGUGAGCAGCUGCUAAGCUAAGGACACGCGUGUCUCCCUUUCCACGCGCGGGGGGCGCGUUUGUGCUGCUGGACUCUUGUUACUCACUGGGGGGGGGAUUGUAAAACCACUUUGAUCCCUUCCCCCUUCUAAUCUAACUCAACCGCAGCGAAGGGCUGCAAUUGUGCUGAGCUGUGGAGUCUGCUGCAGGAGGGCUGCUCGGGUGCCCGGCUCCAGAAUCGGCUUCGCCUCUCGCAAUGGAUUACCUGGAAGCGUGGCUCCGGAUUGCGCUCCUCUUCGCCGGAUUUGCCGUAUUGCCCCAGCAGCAGGCGGAGGGUGCUUGUGUCUACCAAGGCUCGUCGUUUGAGAACAACACAAUUUGGAAGCCAGAUUCUUGCCAGGAGUGCAGAUGCCAUAGUGACAUUGUCAUCUGUGAACCUGCCGUUUGCAGAAACCCUCGGUGUGACUUUCGGAAGGGGGAAGUGCUGCGGAUAGCCCCCAAUACGUGCUGCCCUGAGUGCGCCUCAGGAACUGAAGGAGUUUGCCAGCAUGAAGGCCAAACCCAUGUGCAUGGCACGGAAUGGACAAGCUCUGCAUGCACGGCGUGCUCCUGUGCCAAUGGGAAGGUUAGCUGCACCCCCAAGUCCUGCCCACCCCUUUCUUGUGGCAGAGGGGAGCUGGAGUACGUCGCUCAAGGAGAGUGCUGUCCCAAAUGCGUGGGCACUGGUGAGUCCUGCUCCUUUGACGGCCAAAUGUUUCGGGAUGGCGAGGAGUGGCACCUCAGCCAGUGCUCCAAAUGUGUCUGCAGGAAUGGGGCAACUCAAUGCUUCACAGCCGAAUGUCAGCCAGUGUUGUGCAGCGAGGAUGAAGUUAUGGCUGUGUCUCCUGGAAAAUGUUGCCCAGAGUGCAUUCCAAAACCCUGUUCCAUAUCUGGAAAAGUGUAUGAGCAUGGUGAGCAGUGGAAGAAAAAUUCUUGCACUACCUGUGUAUGUGACAGAGGGGCAGCAAAGUGUCUUAAACAGGACUGCGCCCCGCGUACCUGUGAGAAGGAUCAGAACAAAGUGCAGCGUCCUGGGAAAUGUUGCGAGGAGUGCGUUUCUUCCAAAGGAAGCUGCUUGUACGAAGGCACCAUCAGGUAUCACAACGAGAUGUGGCAUGGCACUCGCUGUGAAUUUUGUACGUGUGAUGGAGGACAAGUCACUUGUCGGAAUGGAGCGUGUGCCAAAGUGGAGUGCGCCGUGGCUGAAGAAUUAAUUCAUUUGGAGGGGAAGUGCUGUCCUGAAUGUAUUUCAAGGGGUAGUUACUGUGUGUACAAGGAACGUACCAAAGAUAAUGGAGAGAAAUGGAAAGAAGACCUGUGCAAGGAAUGUGAAUGCCGGGACGCCGAGGUGAUCUGCUAUCGACGUUCCUGUCCGUCCUGCCCAUUGGGCCACCUGGCAGUAAAGGUGGAGGGAGACUGCUGCUCGCAGUGCCAGUCAGUGCAAUGCCACUCAGACUGCUUGACGUGCUCUCGGUCCUUCGACCACUGUGACGUCUGCCGUGAUGCAACCAAGUGGCUUCAGAAUGGACGCUGUGUCGGGAGCUGCGAUUCUGGAUUCUAUCGUGAUGCUGGGGUUUGCUUAGCCUGCAUGGAGACGUGCUUCACCUGCACCAAUGGGUUUGAGUGCACCUCAUGCCAGGGAUCCCUGCUGAUGAAGUACGGGCAGUGUGUGACAUGGUGCGGGGACGGAUUCUUCCAGGAUCACCUCCACUGUGCAGCUUGUCACGAGUCCUGCUCUGCGUGCUGGGGGUCUGCUGAGAAUAACUGCUUGGCCUGCAAGGACGGGUCUCACGUUUUAAAUGCCGGGCUCUGUGUGGCCAGCUGUGGUCACGGGUUUUAUAGGAAGAAUGGAAUCUGCAAUGCUUGUGACCAGUCCUGUGAAACAUGUUAUUCAGACCAACCCAGAUGUUUAACAUGUGCUUCAGAUAAGGUGUUACACAUUGGGAAAUGCAUUUCAGAAUGCCCUGGUGGGUAUUACACAGACAGCACUCAGCGAUGCAGAGCUUGUCACGAUUCUUGUGCCAGUUGUAUUGGGCCAUUGGCCACUCAGUGCACUUCCUGUUCCCUUUCUCUGGGAUUGCGCCAAGGCCAGUGUCUUCCUGCCUGCGGAGAGGGCUUUUAUCACGAUCACAAUGUCUGCAAAGGUUGCCAUCCAUCUUGCCGUGCCUGUGUGGGGCCGGAGAACUCUCACUGCACCCAGUGCAGGAAGCCAGAGGAGGUAUUGCAGCCUGGAGAGCUCCUCGAGGGAGCACCGUAUGGCAUUUGCCUUUCUCAGUGCAAAGCCCGAUUUUACCCCGAGAACACCAGAGUGUGCAGAGAGUGCCACUCCUCAUGCUCAGCCUGCACAGGGAGAUCUCCCCACAACUGCACGGCCUGCUCCUCCGCCCGUGGCCUACUUGAGGGCAAGUGCUUAUCCGAGUGCCCGGAAGGAUUGUACAGCCAGAAUGCUCUUUGCCACCCCUGCCAUCCAUCCUGCAAAAAGUGCAAUGGUCCUUCAGACUCUGACUGCAUAACCUGCCAUCCUCAUGCAACCCUUGUGAAUGGGAAGUGCAGGACUAGCUGCAAGGAGGAGCAGUACCUGAACCUUGUGGGGUAUUGUGUUGACUGUCAUCCUUUGUGCCAGCAGUGCGUGGCUGAUCUCCACGACACGGGCAGCAUCUGCUUGAAGUGCCAGAACGCCCGUCACUUGCUGCUGGGGGAUCGCUGUGUUCCUGACUGUCCCAUGGGAUCCUAUGCAGAAAGCGGAGUCUGUAAAAAGUGUCACCCCUCGUGCAAAACCUGCAGUGGGGGAGGCCCUUUCUCCUGCUCUUCCUGUGACUCCAGCCUCGUUUUGUCCCACACUGGCAUGUGCACCUCAGUCUGUUUCCUGGGAUACUACAGGGAUGAGAACAGGACCUGCAAACCUUGCAGUAUCCACUGUCUGAGUUGUGAGUCAGCCAUGGGAUGUACGUCAUGCAGAGACUCAGCCAAGGUUCUAUUAUUUGGUGAAUGCCAGUAUGAAAGCUGCACUCAGCAAUAUUAUCUUGAUUACUCCACCAAGACUUGCAGAGAGUGUGACUGGAGCUGUAAUGCUUGUAAAGGCCCCACGAGGACUGACUGUCUGCAGUGCAUGGAUGGCUACAUUCUGCAGGAUGGGGCCUGUGUUGAACAGUGCCCGUUAGCUUUCUACAGGGAAUCAGACACAUGCCAACGAUGUGAUGACCAUUGCCUCCAGUGUCACCAUCCAAACGAGUGCGCUCGCUGUGAAGCUCCUUUUCUCCUCUUGCAAACGCACUGUGUCCUGGACUGUGGGAAGCGAUAUUAUGCAGACCGCACAGAACAGAAAUGCACAGCUUGCCCCGGGGGAUGCUUAGAGUGUGACAAUGCCAGUGAAUGCCACCUCUGUGAUGCCACCAUGUUUCUGAAGAACAAGCUUUGUGUUUCUUACUGUGGCCAUGGUUUUUAUGGCGACACCAGGACCAGAGAGUGUGAAGCCAGCACAGAUAUGUCUGUUUCCCAGGUGAAUGGUUCACUCACAGUAGGGAUUGGUGGGGUAAAGCCACUGGACUUGUCCUUCAUGGGUGCACGUGACCCGGGUGACCGAGAUGGAGAGCUGCUGUUCCAUGUGGUCAGCUCUCCCACCAAUGGCAGGCUAGUGAUCAUGGAGAAUGGGAAAGAUGUGCAACUGGACAAGGGUGACCACUUCAGCUGGAAGGAUGUGGAGGAGAAGAGGAUCCGCUUUGUGCACAGCAAAGAGAAACCCAGGAAAGGUCAGUUUUCCUUGAAGGUCAGCGAUCAGCGGUUCUUCUCCCAGUUAGAGAUGAUCACCGUGCAAGCACUGUCGACACAGGCCCCAUACGUGCUAAGGAAUGACGUCCUCUUUAUCAGCACAGGGGAUAUUGGAUCAAUAACAAACGUGUUGCUUGAUAUUCGAGACAAUGACAAUCCCCAGGAUGUAGCAGUGGUAGUUUUAGAUCCUCCACGUCAUGGCCAGCUGGUCAAAGCUCCAGGGGACACAGCUUCUGCAGCCCAAGUAUUCCAUCUUGAGGACCUGGCGAAUGGACUCCUACGUUAUGCUCACGAUGGUUCCGACAGUCGGGAUGAUACGGUGCUUCUGCAAGUGAACGAUGGGCACCACUUCCAGAAUAUCCUGUUCCACAUUAAGAUUUCUCCAAAGAGUGAUGGAGGCCCCCGGCUGGUUACUAACCCCCUGGUGUGGGUCCCAGAAGGAGGGAUGCUGCAGAUCACCAGCAGAAUUUUGCAAGCAGAGAUGCCUGGUGCCAGUGAAUCAGAGAUAACCUACACGAUCAUCAAGGACCAGCCAAGAUACGGGGAGGUGGUUCUUCUGGUUCCAAUGCCAGCAGAUGGCCCAGCUGACACAUGGCAGCGUCUGCCUGAUGGAAGAUCCGCCAUGCCAACCACCUCUUUCACCCAGCGGGACAUCAACGAAGGCAUUGUUUGGUAUAGGCACUCUGGAUCCCAGGCGGAGAGCGACUCAUUCUAUUUCCAGGUAUCGAGUGCUGCUAUUCCACAAACCCACCUGGAGACCCACAUGUUCAACAUUGCCAUUCUCCCGCAGAUACCUGAAGCACCACAGCUCUCACUUGGGUCCUCUCUCCAUAUGACUGCACUGGAGGAUCGGGUGACAGUGAUUGAGCCGCACCAUCUCUCCUUUGUAGACUCAGAGAGUCCGAGUGGGAAAAUCAUGUUCAAUGUGACUGUACCUCUGCAGCCAAAUCAAGGAAUCGUGGAGCACAGAGACAGGCCUCUCUCCCCAGUCAAGUAUUUCACGCAAGCAGAUAUAAACCAUGGCAAGAUUGCUUACCGUCCACCCGCUGCAGCUCCACACGUCAGAGAGAUUAUGGCAUUCUCUUUUGCUGGUCUCCCGGAGUCGGUGAACUUCAGUUUCACAGUGUCUGAUGGAGAACAUACCACCCCUGAGCUGAUGUUUACCAUUCACUUGCUCUCGACUAAUGAGCAGCCCCCGGUGUUCCAGAUGACAGCUCCAUUUCUGGAGGUCAGCCAGGGUGGCAAGGCUACAAUUGGGAUACAGCUGGCAGUAAGUGACGCAGACUCAGCUCCUGAAGAUCUCUUCUUUGAGCUGGUGGAACCUCCUCACCAUGGUGUUCUGCUCAGGUAUAACGCUGGGGUCCACGAGCACAUGAAAGCAGGAGACACCUUCACGUAUGAGGAUGUCACCCAAAAUGCUUUACAGUAUGUCCACGAUGGCUCAUCAGUAGCAGAGGACAGCAUGGAAAUCUCCGUAACCGACGGCGUUACCACUGCAACAACGGUGCUGAAAGUCGAAGUGUCCUUGAUGGAUAGCGAUGGUCCCCGGCUGGCCCCUGGCUGCUCGUUGACCGUCACAGUGGCUAGCAAAAGCUUUGUGACUCUCUCCCGAUCACACCUUGCUUACACUGAUAAUAAUUCUGCUGACUCGAAAAUAAGAAUUCAGUUAAUUUCUCUGCCCAUGUAUGGCACCCUCAUGCGGACAACACCUGGGCAGCAUGCUGAGGAGCUUUCUGAGGUUUAUAAUUUCACCAUGGAAGAUAUCAACAACCAGAGAAUCAGAUACUCAGCUGAGUUUGAGACUGACAAUCAGCCAGUCACAGAUAUUUUCCACUUCACCGUCUUUGAUGCUGACAACAAUCGGCUCGACAGCCAGACGUUUACCAUCACUAUUACAUCUGUCCAGAACAAGCCUUCGAUCAUUGCUUUUGCUGACCUUAUCACUGUUGAUGAGGGAGGCAGGGUCCCACUGUCAGUUCACCAUCUUCUAGGCACCGACUACGAUACAGCCAAAGACACCCUAAUGGUUACAAUAAUUACACUACCAAUAUAUGGGUACAUUGAAAACAUAAGGACAGGAGGGACUUUGGGCCCUGGGGGAUCUGCAGGCUCGGAUGCAUCGUUCUCCAUUCACGACGUGCUGGAGAACAGCAUUUACUACUUUCAGAGCGUCCAUGAAAGCAUCGAGCCGACUAAUGACGUCUUCACAUUUUACGUGAGCGAUGGCUUCAGCCGGUCCGAGACUCACAGCGUCAACAUCACCAUCCAGCGGCGGAAUGACGAGCCCCCGAAGAUGACGCUGGUGCCUGUCAGAGUGCACGGCAGUGCCGGGGUGGUGAUCACCAACACCUCCCUAAGCCUGCAGGACUUGGACACUCCCGAUGAGCAGUUGGUCUUUGUAGUUACCAAAAAGCCUGACCAUGGUCACCUCCGCAGGAGACAAUCUUACUCAGAGCCUCUGGAGAAUGGACGUGUUCUGUCUCAGGGCUCCUCUUUCACUUAUCAGGAUGUCCUGGACGAACGGAUCAUUUACACGCGGGGCAGUUCCAGAACGCAGACAGAUGAGUUCAGAUUCUCUCUCACGGAUGGGCUGUACACUGAGACGGGGAGAGUGGAGUUCUCUGUGGAGCUGCCAAAGAAUGAGCCGCCCAGAUUAGCUGUGAACAGGGGCCUGCAGCUUUCAGCUGGCUCUGUAGCACGCAUCACAGGUCAGCACUUAAAAGCUACAGCUAUUGAUUCGGAUGACCUGAAGGUCAGAUAUGUCCUGAAGAAAGAUCCCAGUACUGGACAUCUGCAGAUGACUAAAACUGAUAACCUGGUCCAGAUCUCUGUCAAGGGACCCAUCAAAAGUUUCACCCAAGCGGAUAUAAAUAAAGGACAAGUGGAAUAUAGUCAUGGGAAGGGAGAGCCUGGAGGAAGUUUUGCUUUCACCUUCGAUGUGAUCGAUGCAGAAGGCAACAAACUGGUCGACCAGUCAUUCUAUAUUAGUGUCUUAGAGGACAGACUCCCCCCCUCCAUCAUAGCUAACAAAGGGCUGGUCUUGGAUGAAAAUUCAGUGAAGAAGAUCACAACGCUGCAGCUCUCCGCCACUGACCAGGACAGCGAGCCUGCAGCGCUCCUGUACCGAAUCACCAAACAGCCGCAGCUGGGUCACCUGGAACAUGCUGCGUCACCAGGCACAAGGAUUAACUCAUUCAGCCAGGCAGACCUGGCCUCGCGCAGCAUCCAGUACCUCCACACCAGUGAGGCGGAGAAGCAUGCUGAUGCGUUCACCUUCUCCGUCUCGGAUGGAGUGAAUGAGGUCACUCAGACAUUUGACAUCACCAUAACCCCAGUGGAUGACUCCUUGCCUGUGGUGCAGAGCCCUGGGAUGCGGGUGCAGGAAGGGGUGAGAAAAACCAUCACGGAGUUUGAGCUGAAAGCCACAGAUGCCGACACGGAGGCGGAAUCGGUUACAUUCACCGUCGUGCAGCCUCCUCGACACGGUCUGAUUGAACGCACCAACGACGGGCAGCACUAUCGCCAGACGGCCACCUUCACGAUGGACGACAUCUACCAGAACCGGGUCUGCUACAGCCACGGCGGCAGCGACUCCCUGAAGGAUCGCUUCACCUUCACCGUGUCUGAUGGGACCAAUCCCUUUUUCAUUGCAGAGGAUGGAGGGAAGGAGAUUGUGACAGCGGCACCGCAGCGGUUCAAAGUGGACAUUCUCCCUGUGGAUGAUGGGACCCCCAGAAUUGUCACCAACUUGGGCCUGCAGUGGCUGGAGUACAUGGAUGGCAAGGCAACAAAUCUGAUCACCAAGAAGGAACUGUUGACUAUGGACCCCGACACAGAGGACAAACAGCUGAUCUAUGAGAUAACGACUGGACCCAAACAUGGUCACGUGGAGAGCAAGCUGAAACCGGGGACAGCUGUGACUACAUUUACGCAAGAGGAUGUGAACCUGGGACUGAUUCGGUACGUGUUGCUGGAAGAGAAGAUUCAGGAAACCAUGGAUAGCUUUCGGUUUCUAGUGAAAGACAGCAAGCCCAAUGUUGUCAGUGACAAUGUCUUCCAUAUCCAGUGGUCCCUCAUCAGUUUUAAAUACCCCAGCUACAAUGUCAGUGAGAAGGCUGGCUCUGUCAGCGUAACGGUGAAGAGGAUCGGUAACCUCAAUCAAUAUGCCAUUGUCCUGUGCCGCACGGAGCAAGGAACUGCCACCUCCAGCAUCAGUUCAAAGCCAGGACAGCAGGACUAUGUAGAGUAUGCAGGCCAGGUGCAGUUUGAUGAGUGGGAGGACACCAAGGCCUGCAUCAUUGCUAUCAAUGAUGAUGACGUCUUUGAGAGCACAGAGAGCUUCACCGUGGAGCUCAGCAUGCCAGCCUAUGCCCUGCUGGGGGAGAUCACCCAGGCCAAAGUGAUCAUCAACGACACAGAGGAUGAACCCACUCUGCAGUUUGACAGGAAGACUUACCAUGUCAACGAGAGUGCUGGCUUUCUGUCUGCACCCAUUGAAAGGAAAGGGGAUGCCAGCAGCAUCGUAUCUGCUCUUUGCUACACCAUCUCCAAAUCUGCUAAAGGCAGCAGCCUUUACGCACUGGAGUCUGGCUCCGACUUUAAGUCUAGGGGGAUGUCGAGUGAGAACCGUGUUAUUUUGGGGCCCAGUGUCACCAUGUCAACCUGUGACAUCAAACUGAUCGAUGACAGCGAGUACGAGGAGGAGGAGGAGUUUGAAAUUGCCCUGGCGGAUGCCUCUAGUAAUGCGCGCAUAGGGAGCGUGGCUUCAGCCAAGGUGAUGAUCAGUGGCCCCAAUGACGCCUCCACUGUGUUCCUGGGAAACGCAACUUUUACUGUCAAUGAGGAUGCAGGCACCAUUGACAUUCCAGUGAUCCGGCAUGGUACUGACCUCUCAACCCCCACCUCGGUGUGGUGUGCCACUCGGACUUCAGACCCACCCUCGGCCAGUCCAGGAAUUGACUAUAUCCCCAGCGCCAAGAAAGUAGAGUUCAGGCCAGGCAGAACUGAGGAGUACUGCACCUUGACAAUCCUGGACGAUGCCCAGUAUCCAGUGAUUGAAGGGCUGGAGACGUUUGUUGUAUACCUGAGCUCACCCCAUGGGGCUGAAUUGACCAAACCUUUCCAAGCUAUAGUGGCCAUUAACGACACCUUCCAAGAUGUACCCAACAUGCAGUUUGGCAAGGACUUGUACGCCGUGAAGGAGAAGGAGGGUGUCCUGCACAUUCCCAUCAUCCGGACCGGAGACCUGAGCUAUGAGUCCUCUGUCAGGUGCUACACCCGCAGCCAGACAGCAGAAGUCAUGGAGGACUUCGAGGAGAGGAGAAAUGCAGAGGAGUCUCGCAUCACUUUUUUGAAAGGAGAGAAGGUGAAGAACUGCACUGUCUAUAUCAAUGAUGACUCUGCAUUUGAACCAGAGGAGCAAUUCCGGAUCUAUCUUGGCAGUCCCCUUGGAAACCACUGGAGUGGAGCUAGAAUCGGAAAGAAUGACAUGGCCACCAUUGCUGUCUCCAAUGAUGAAGAUGCACCCACCAUUGAGUUUGAAGAGGCUGCAUACCAAGUACGGGAACCUCCAGGCCCUGAGGGCAUUGCUAUCCUAAACAUCAAGGUGCUCAGAAGAGGGGACCAGAACAGGACCUCGAAGAUCCGUUGCAGCACCCGUGAUGGCUCAGCCCAGUCCGGAGUCGAUUACUAUCCAAAGAGUCGAGUCCUCAAGUUUAGCCCUGGGGUGGACCACAUCAUAUUUAAGGUGGAGAUCAUGUCUAACGAAGACCGGGAGUGGCAUGAGUCCUUUUCUGUGGUGCUGGGUCCAGACGAUCCAGUGGAAGCUGUUCUUGGGGAUAUCACCACUGCAGUAGUUACUAUUCUGGAUCAGGAAGCAGCAGGGAGCCUCAUUUUACCAGCACCUCCCAUUGUGGUCACUCUGACAGACUAUGACCAUGUGGAGGAAGUAACCAAAGAGGGCGUAAAGAAAUCCCCUUCUCCAGGCUACCCACUGAUCUGUGUAACGCCUUGUGAUCCUCACUUCCCCAAGUACCUAGUCAUGAAGGAGCGCUGCGAUGAGGCCGGGAUCAACCAGUCUUCAAUACAGUUCAGCUGGGAGGUGGCAACCCCCACUGAUGGGAAUGGGGCCAGAUCACCCUUUGAAACAAUUACGGACAAUACGCCGUUCACUAGCAUCAACCACAUGGUGCUGGACAGCAUUUACUUCAGCCGGCGGUUCCAUGUGCGCUGUGUGGCAAAAGCCGUAGACAAGGCCGGGCAUGUGGGGACCCCGCUGAGAAGCAACAUAGUUACCAUAGGGACCGACAGCGCCAUUUGUCAUACUCCUGUGGUAGCUGGAACGGCCCGAGGAUUCCAGGCUCAGUCAUUCAUUGCCACUCUGAAGUAUCUGGAUGUCAAACACAAGGAACAUCCGAACAGAAUCCAUAUUUCAGUGCAAAUCCCCCACCAGGAUGGAAUGCUGCCUCUCAUCUCCACUAUGCCUCUGCACAACCUGCACUUCCUCUUAUCCGAGUCCAUCUACAGACACCAGCAUGUCUGCUCAAACCUCGUCACCAUCAGGGAUCUGCAGGGCAUCUCAGAAGCGGGAUUCCUGGAUGAAGUGACCUAUGACAGCAUCGUUCUGGGUCCUGGAUAUGACCGUCCAUACCAGUUUGAUCCCACCGUGAGAGAACCAAAGACAAUCCAGCUGUACAAACACCUCAAUCUGAAGAGCUGCAUUUGGACCUUUGAUGCUUACUAUGACAUGACAGAAUUAAUCGAUGUCUGUGGGGGAUCUGUAACUGCUGACUUCCAGGUGCGAGAUUCUGCCCAGUCCUUCCUAACAGUCCAUGUCCCUCUUUAUGUGUCCUACAUUUAUGUGACCGCACCAAGAGGCUGGGCUUCUCUUGAGCAUCACACAGAGAUGGAAUUUUCCUUCUUCUACGACACUGUUCUCUGGAGAACAGGGAUUCAGACAGACAGCGUUCUCUCCGCCAGGCUGCAGAUAAUACGGAUCUACAUCCGAGAGGAUGGCCGGCUGGUUAUUGAAUUCAAGACCCAUGCCAAAUUCAGAGGGCAUUUUGUGAUGGAUCACCACACUCUGCCAGAUGUGAAGUCUUUUAUAAUGACUCCAGACCACCUAGGAGGGAUUGAGUUUGAUCUGCAGCUUUUGUGGAGUGCACAGACUUUUGACUCCCCCUAUCAGCUGUGGAGGGCAACCAGCUCCUAUAACAGGAAGGACUAUUCUGGAGAGUACACAAUCUACUUAAUUCCUUGUACUGUGCAGCCCACGCAGCCGUGGAUUGACCCAGGAGACAAGCCAUUGGCGUGUACUGCUCAUGCCCCGGAAAGAUUUUUGAUCCCAAUUGCCUUCCAGCAGACAAACCGCCCAGUUCCUGUCGUAUACUCUCUGAACACAGAGUUUCAGCUCUGUAACAAUGAGAAAGUAUUUUUGAUGGAUCCCACUAAAUCUGAAAUGUCUUUGGCAGAAAUGGAUUACAAAGGAGCUUUUUCAAAGGGUCAAAUCCUAUAUGGCCGUGUGCUUUGGAAUCCCGAACAAAACCUAAAUGCUGCCUACAAACUGCAGCUGGAAAAAGUCUAUCUCUGUACUGGCAAGGAUGGUUACGUGCCUUUCUUUGACCCUACUGGAACAAUCUAUAAUGAGGGGCCACAGUAUGGCUGUAUUCAACCCAACAAGCACCUAAAACACAGAUUUCUGCUACUGGACCGAAACCAACCUGAAGUAACUGAUAAGUAUUUCCACGAUGUACCUUUUGAUGCCCACUUUGUCUCUGAAUUGUCUGAUUUCCACUUGGUGAGCAGCAUGCCAGGAGUGGAUGGAUUUACUAUGAAAGUGGAUGCUCUCUACAAGGUGGAAGCUGGACACCAGUGGUACCUUCAGGUGAUCUAUAUAAUUGGCCCAGAAACCAUUGCAGGGCCCCGUGUUCAACGGUCUCUCACUCACUACCUGAAACGCAGCCGCAGGGACCUGGUGGACAACAAUGGCAGACUGAUGCUGGAUGACUCGUUGAUCUAUGACAAUGAAGGCGACCAAGUCAAGAACGGCACCAACAUGAAAUCGCUGAGCCUGGAGGUUCAGGAAGCAGUAGCGUCUGCUUCCUUAUCACAAACAGGGGCUUCCAUAGGAAGUGCAUUUGCUGCCAUCAUGCUGCUACUGCUUGUGCUCCUGUUAGUUUGCUUCAUAACCCGGAAAUGUCGAAAGCAGAAGAAGAAGAAAAAGCCUGCCAAAGAUAUCAUGGAGGAAUAUCCUCUCAACACCAAGAUAGAAGUACCCAAGAAAAACACAGAAAGGGCAGAGAAGAACGUAAACAGACAAUACUGCACUGUGAGGAAUAUCAAUAUAUUAAGUGACAAUGAGGGUGCCUAUAAGGUCAAAGGUGCUAAGGUCAAACAAGUGAACUUAGAGGUCAAAGUUCACAACAAUUUACAUGAUGGAACGGAAGUUUGAGAGUGCACGUUCUUUUGUAAAAGCUUUUUAUAAAUUGUAAAAAAUAAAAUAAAAAUUUACUGGUAUUUUUAUAGUCUGGUGGAAAAGGGAAGAAUAUAGCUUUGAGUGGUGGACAGCAAUGCAUCCUCCCAUGCUUUAACUCACAACUGAGCUACCUCAUUCAAAGCAGGAUUGUGUGACACACCCAGGGCAGAAAACAUUGAAACUUUCAUGUGGUAUCUCUACCAACAUUCAGUUCUAUUUUACGCUGGACCGUUUUCAUAACAGCAUUCCUGGCAGGCAAAUAUUUACCUAAGCUCUACAGUGAUUCUAAUAAGAACAGUUCAUUCUAAUGGGGUUUAAUAAUGCUGGAAGAUCAAUAGGCCAGUGCAGUGUCCUUAGCAAAGAUCCUUAGAAGAGCUGGAAUCUAUUCAAUUCUGCUCGAUACUGCUUUCCUUUGCUCUUCCUUUUUGCUGUAAGACAUCAUGCAGAACAUGACAGUUUUGGUCAAGCAUACAGGCACACACAGCCAGUUCUGAAACUAAUGCCAGUAUCUUCUCAAUGGAUGAUCUGCAUGGGAGUGAAAUGCUCUUUGAGAAAAUCACCCCAGGCAGAGGGCCCACACAUAGCAGCAGGUAUCACUUAAGCCCCAUAUUAAAGGGGAGUUAAAUUGUGCCCAGGACCUUCUGCACUAGAGUGAUUUUCACUCACAAAUGAGUGUGAAUCUUCUAUUGUUCUCUGUCCUGGAGUUUUAGGGUGAAAUCCUGGUCCCAUUGAAGUCAAUGGCAAAACUCCCAUUGACUUCACUCUGACUCUUUGAACCACCAAUCCCACCACGUAUCCUUCCAAGUCAGUGAAACUUGGAACAGAAAAUCAUCUGUUUGGUCUCUCAGUCAGUAGCAGCAGCAGAUUUCUCUGCUAUGUUAUAAGAUUGAAACACCUUUCAUUGAGAACACUCCACGAAGUCAAUGCAAAGAACUAUUUGGAGCUGUCUAGAUGAGGGGGUUGUCAACUUGAGGGUUGCAGACAGUUGGUUCUAGGUCACAAUAUUGUCAAAUGGGACAGAGUCCUAGCUAAAUCCAAGCUAUAUGGGAGGAGAGUCCUAGUAUUGAAAAGAGUGAGAACCACUGAUAAGGAUAAGCAGUUGAAAUGUUCUAACUUUUGCUUACAAUGAUCUGAGCACUUUUGUACUGUAGUGUGUUACAUUUUCAUGGUGCUGUACAGACAGUAAUGAACCUCUUAGCAUUAUUCCAAACUGAUAUUUGAUUUUGACGAGAUACCAAACCUUUUCUCCUCUGACCCUCAAUCACAUACAGUACUAAUGAAACAGUUGCUCUACUGCAUGAUGCACUAGAAAAUAGUGCCUGUUAUCUAUUAAACACUAUUGCCUUAUCUGCGCUUACUUCCGAACUCAUCACUAAUCUUUACACUCAUGGGUGCACUGUAAACUGCAUGAAGUCUGCAACACACUCUCAUCCCCCAGGCUUUGAAUUCCAGCUUUGUGCAAACUGGAAAUAAAGCAGCGCGUAUUGUCUAUUGCCUGCAAAUUUUAGGAUUUUAGGUUUCCCACAUCAUUACAAAAACCCACAGAACAACAUGUGUCUUAGUUUUUAAGAAGGUUCUCUUCAUUUUAAAAUAUAUUCUUUUUUAAAAUGGAGGGACAACAAAAAUCCAAAACUUGUUCUGACCACAGUAGAGCAACUGCAACUCUGGUGCCUAAUGACUCCAUUCACACUUUAUAGUAAGGUUCCAUUUAUAAAUAGUUUACAAAUCAAUAGAUGUUUUAGUAAAUAAUAAUAAUAAUAAUAAUGGAGGUCAGUUUCAUUAUCCCUUUUUAUAGAUGGGGAAAUUGAGGCACAGAGAAGAGCAUUGACUUGCCCGACAUGACCCAGCAGACCUCAAUGGCAGAGCCAGGAAUAGUGUCCUGAGUCUCAGGGGACAGUUCACUAGCCACUAGGCUACAAUGGUUAAUCAAUUGUUAUAGAGGCCAAGAGUUUGCUUAUAAUCAUUUGACACAUUCUACUGAUGUGCUGAUAAACAGCUGUAUCUUAUGGAUGCAACAGGCUUAUACCAUCACUGCUCAUGUAUUAACCCUUUUCAAACUGUUUAUAAAUGGAACAGCACUAUGAAGUGUGACUGUGAUUCCUUUAGCUGUGUCCCCCAUCUCUAUUAUUGUAUUUCCUGAUGUGGCACCAUUCAGGUUUGUUUCUGGUAGCUCGGGCACGUGGUUCACCACUACAUACUCAUACCAAGGUCACACAGACAUACCUAAACAAUCAAUAUUUUGGGUUGGCAAAGAUCUGAUAUUACUUUUCUGGGUCUAUUAGGCAUUUGGCCAGGGAGUGUUUGUUUGUUUGUUUUCCCACAGAUUCAACAGCAACUGGAUAAUAUUUGUAAAUAGAAUAUGUAAUGCGCACUUUCUGAGUGGAGGUGAGAUCGGAUUAUUCAGCUUAAAUAUUUAAGGGGUGUAUGUUCUCCCUGUGAUGCAUGCAGACUGCUCCCAUUGGUGAUUGUUUUAGACUGUAAGCUCUGCAUGGCAAGGACUGUCUGCUUUGUGUCCUGAACAGCACGGAGUUGCUCAGUGCCUAGCACCAGAUCUGUCCUAGUGUUAAAUGGGAGUUUUAUGCAUCUGUUUAUGGAAGCUGAGAGGUGGAAAGCAGCAGCAGAGCCAUCUGAUUUCACACAACACUGUGUAAUAAUAGAGCCUGGGAUCCCUCCUGUGUAAUGUUCACAAAAUAAAUACAGGAACUACCCCCGGCAGAUUAAUUAUGACAACCUCACAAUAGUGACUUGCCUAUGGAAAAUUAAAAGGCCUGCAAAAUUUGGGGUGUUCCUUCAUCUCACUUUGAUUGUCAAUAUCCGAUCUGUUAGACGUACACUUAAAAUGAAAGUGUUGAAGCUUUGGAUAUGUGACUUAAUCAUUUUAUUCACAAUUGUCAGCCAUGUUUUAUAUAUGUUGAUCAAAGAACAUGGAUGGUAUUUCAUUUCAUUCAGAUAUGUAGCACCCACAUAGUCUCAGCUUCUGCAGUUUGCUUGUUAAUGCAUUAUAAAUCCUACUGUACUUUUUAAAGUGUUGAAAUUAGUACAAAUAAAACCUUGGAAGUUCAUUUUCUCUUGUGUAUUAUGGUGCUGUAUAAAUAAAAACAGAGCCAAGGUGCAAUGUUACAGUUCUCCAUAUUUGAACAACUGUUUUAACCUGACGACACUGGGGACAUGAUAUAUUUCUGCUCCUGAGAAAUAAUAAUGUUGAGACAGGCUUACGUAUGACUGCAUUUUUCUGACCUCGUGUGUGCAUAUGUUUUGAUAUCCUUCACUUAUUUUACUGUGCAUUGUACCCCCCUGUGAAGACCGUGUGAUAUCUGAAUAUAUCACUUGUGGUGCUGUCAACCUGUUUUCUUGAAUCUCAUUAUAAUUUAUGUAUUUUGAAUAUCACUCUAUUUGUUAAGGAGUUAAUGGGGGUUUUUUUCAUGCCGUACAUGUCACAAUACAAAUUUUUUUUGCUAAUAAACAACAUUUUGAUUAC